CCCUAUCAAUGGCCGGUGCACUGCAGAAUGCAAAGAGAGACCUUCCCAAGAUCCAAGAUGAGGAUAGGGAGAGCAGAUUCGGCCAGGUCUUUGGCGUUUCAGGACCCGUCGUGAUUGCCGAAAAUAUGGUCGGUGCAGCUAUGUAUGAGCUCGUGCGAGUAGGUCACGAUGAACUUGUUGGAGAGGUCAUUCGUAUCGAGGCCGACAAGGCAACAAUUCAGGUCUACGAGGAGACUUCUGGUGUAACUGUUGGUGACCCUGUCUUGAGGACAGGAAAGCCACUGAGUGUUGAACUCGGACCUGGUCUUAUGGGCAAUAUCGUGGAUGGUAUUCAGCGGCCCCUACGAGCGAUCCAAGAACUCUCUAAGUCUAUCUAUAUUCCACGCGGUAUCAACACGGAUGCAUUGGAUCGGUCGCUGGUAUGGGACUUCAAACCCACCACUUUUAAAGUUGGUGACCAUAUAUCAGGCGGUGAUAUUUUCGGUAGGCAGGACAUUGUUCUGGAAACUGAGUUCGAUGGCAAGACUACCAAGCAUACCAUGAUGCAGCUAUGGCCUGUCCGUGCGCCUCGACCUGUCACCGAAAAGCAGACCGCAGACCACCCGUUACUUACGGGUCAACUUGUGUGCAAGGCGGUACAACUGCCAUUCCUGGUGCUUUCGGCUGCUGGAAAAACAGUCAUCUCGCAAGCGCUCUCCAAAUAUUCAAACAGUGAUAUUAUUGUGUAUGUUGGAUGCGGGGAGCGUGGAAACGAGAUGGCUGAAGUCUUGAUGGAGAACCCUAUUAUGAAACGCACGACGCUCGUUGCAAACACCUCAAAUAUGCCUGUCGCUGCUCGUGAAGCCUCUAUCUAUACUGGAAUUACGCUUUCGGAAUAUUUCCGUGACCAAGGAACUAACGUUGCCAUGAUGGCUGACUCGACCCUGAGAUGCCUGCCGAUUCCGGUUAUCCCGGCAUAUCUCGGAACGAAACUAGCCAGUUUCUACGAGCGAGCUGGAAAGGUGGUUUGUCUCGGCAAUCCUCAUCGACAAGGGACUGUUUCAAUAGUUGGAGCUGUGUCACCUCCCGGUGGUGAUUUCUCUGAUCCCGUUACGGCGUCUACUCUUAGUAUCGUCCAAGUGUUCUGGGGUCUUGACAAGAAGCUUGCUCAAAGAAAACAUUUCCCAUCCGUCAACUGGUCGCUUUCUUAUUCCAAGUACACGAAGGUCUUGGAGCCCUACUACGAGACGACGGAGCCUGGUUUCGUCGAACUACGAACGAAGACAAAGGAGAUUCUCCAGAAAGAAGAAGAUCUUGCGGAAAUUGUUCAAUUGAUCACACUGGAAGUUGCACGGAUGUUGAAGGACGAUUUCCUGCAGCAAAAUGGUAUGAGCGAGUACGACAGAUAUUGCCCAUUCUACAAGACCAGUGGAAUGCUGCGAAACUUCGUUGGGUUCCACGAUGCGGCCCUCAAAGCCAUCUCCCAGACUGACAUGACCUUCGCCCAAAUUAAGGAUUCGGCUGGCGAUCUCAUGUUCAAGCUGUCUCAAAUGAAAUUCGAGUCACCAUCGCAGGGAAAGGAAGAUGUGAAGUCGAAGCUAGAUGCAUUGUAUACCGAAAUUCAGGACAAGUUCCGGCAACUGGCGGAGUGAUUUUUGUCUUGUACGUUUGUCGAUUUACAUAUCAUGGACGCCUAUUACCUUGCUGGAUGCCUUUUAGCCUAAUGAUAAUAUACCAGACCGUAUUAUAUAGCCUCCGAUCGAGAUUUGUCGAUUGUAAGCGUCAUAGACUGGAGGGUCUCGUCAUCCUGUGGCUGCCGCGUCCAAG